AUGGAUAGGCGCUCGCUCGAGGGGCCGGAGCCGAUCAAUAGCGGAAUAAAACAAUCUACGGAGACAAUGCCGGAUUUUAACGUCAAUAACCGAGGUGAUAAGAAACGCAUAGCCGAAAGGAAAGUAAACAUAGGGCCUCCGCCAGAUACGAGGUCCACUCUGAGAGGUUUCCAUCGCACGCGGCAUUUAUCGGUAGAUGGGAUCUGGGCGGGGAGGUGGCGUGAUGGAUGCUGCAGGAAAUUGAGCCGCCGCCGGAAAUCGGCGCCGAGCAUCGCUCAUCUCGCCAGGCAGCGGCCGCGCGAUAAAGCCCUCACCCGAUGCGCCAUUCUAAUGGGGGAUAAGGCGCGUAAUGGACCAUCGUCGCCGUCUGUUGAUGGCGUCACU